AUCGUGUUCAAUUUUCAAACAUGUAUUUUUGAAACCUUCAACCAUAUCUACAAUUUGUAUUCAAGAAUUCUCAACUCCGAUCACAAUUCACAACGGCGGCGAGUUUCCAAUCCGAAUUAAAUUCCCACGAAAAUAAACACGCACACACACACUAGAACCGCUCAGCAAGGCGCACAAUUUUUUCAUGUAGGAUGGAGCCACCACCUCCUCCGUACUACCACCACCACCACCACAACAGGUACGUCCCUCCUCUUUCUGAAAACCCUAAUUUUUACAAUCCCCACCCCCGCAACCGCCUUCCUCCGCCACCUCCAUCAGCACCACCGCAGCCUCUCCCACCACCACCGCCACAACUGCCGCAUCAUCACCUCUCUCAUCCUCCCCUUCCCCCACCUCCGGCUCCCCCUCCCCCUGUCCCCAGCCAAUCUCAGUUCUCCUACCGCCCUCACCACUAUACAAUUCAAGAUAGAUUAGGCCCCCGGCCGUCACCUCCUCAAUUUCCCGGCCAAUACUCCUCUACUUUUAUCCCACACCAUCCUCAUCCCCCUUCUCCUCCUAGAGAUCACGGUCUUCAAAACCGUCACCGAAGCUUAUCCUUUCACGAGGAGAGUUCUCACUUUGUUGACCGAUGGUCGGAUUCGAUUCCGAGUUCUCGGGUUUCCACAGAGCCGCCUUUCCAUCACCAGCAGCGGCGACCUCUUUCCCCGAUUCCCCCGCCUCAGAUUGAUAAUUAUAUCAAUGAUUAUGACCGUGAUUUUAGAUUUAGGGACCAGGGCUUUAGGGAUAAUGGGAAUCGAGAAAAUCCCCGUUGGGGUGGCAGAGAAGAUAGAAGAUUAGACGUUCCUGAUUAUGUUGAUAACGAUAAAUAUAGGUAUGGUAGUUUUCAUAAUGAUUAUGAAAGGAAUAUUAGUCCUGGAUUCGAAAGGGAUGUUCGUAGAUUGAAUAGAAAUGUUUCAACUGCUGGUGAUUCUCGAGUCAUUGAUAUGGUGUUGAGCCCCCCACCUAGGGAUUUUGCUUUAGAUGGGAGAAGUUAUGAGUCCUAUUCUGGUAGGGAAGAAGAUUUUAGACAAAGUUAUUCUCCCUUCAGGAAGGGCCAUGAAUACCUUGAUGGUGAUGUGGCUUCAUCAUCCUCCCAUGGCCUUCGGGAAUCAGUGGAUAGUGGUUAUGAUGAUGGGGAUAGGCUAAACAGUAAAAUGGCAGGUCACACAGUUCGAGGGUUCUUCAAUAGGUCUCCAAGGAAUACACAAGUGCAGAAGAAAAGUGCGUUGCUUAGGCUUCAGGAAGGAAGAGCUAAUAACAAAAACACCUAUAGGAAUAGAAAUCAUGAUAGCAGUCGUUACUCUAGAGAUCAUUACAAUGAGUCAAACUCGAGCGUCAGUGGUAGCUUUAGGGGGAAGAAAAAGGAUGAUUUUGUGAAUCAUGAGGGAGAAGUAGGCGUGGAUAGGGAGAAAAGUCCUGUGGAGCUUGAUGUUACAUUUAAAUCAAAUUCACUUGUUGCCAAAGCUGUAAAGGCCCCCUCAAGCUCAGUGCGUGAGUUAGAGCUCAAGAAAAGUGGUUUGGCUGAUUCCUCAAGAAUCAAAUUGAACGAUCAUCCUAUUAAAGCUUCUGGUUAUAGUCGUCCAUCAUCUUCUUCUGAUAAAUUUCAUGGGAAAUUGAAAUCAAAGAUUGUUUCUUCCAAGAUUGAUACUUCUACCGGUGGUUCGGAUCACCCCCCUAGAUCCUACCAGAAUGGAAAGAGUUCUGACAAGAAGGUUAUUUAUGGUAAAGCUGACAACAACACGAACCGACAUGAUUCUCUUUUGGGUAUCAACAAAGAAAUGGGUAUGUUGCUUGGUAAAACGUCCUCAUCUGACAACAGGGCAGAUAUCGUGGGUGAAAGCAAUGUAGGUGAGGAUCCUGUGAGAAGUGUUGAUUCCAAUCAGUGUGUCAAACGCUCCGCUCCUGAUGGAGUACUGCAAAAAGCCAAAAAGAGGCAAUCAGUUGGAAAACUUCUUCAAAAUAAUGCAUCUUUGCAGUCUGUUGAUGGUAAUAGUGAACUUAGUGAUCCAGAUAAUUCUUCCACUGGAGGCCUCUCUGCAAAUCCUCUGGUGGAGGACGGUGCCACACAUUCAAAAGAAGGGGUUUCUUUACCUGAGGUUGAUGUAUUUAAUGGUGUCAUUUCGUCCUCUUGUGGUAAUGAGAUUGUUGUUAAGGGAGGGAACAAUGGUGCAGAAAAAGAUGUAAAGGAAAAUCAUAUCACUAUCUCCUCUGGUUUGCCAGUUCCGCCUGAAUGUUCUGCAUUGAAUGUGGACAAUAUAGCACCAAAUAGGGGGCCUGUUCAUCUCGAAAAGUUGGCUAUGAAAGAAUGUCCCAGUUCGAUUUCAGAUGGAAGUCUGGUCGAAUCACGUAAUUUAUCUGAAGUGCUGGUUGAGUCGAAAAAUGCAAGUCACAUUGUUGAUGAUAAUAGCUGUAGUCCUCGCCUAGAAGAUCAGUUGUUGGCUAAGACUAGCCUCUCCUGUGGGAUUUCAGCUGGUAGUGAUGUUGGGCUAUCAAGCUUGAAGGAUAACUUUGUUAAUGAUUGUCACAUUGACAAUUCGAAUUCAGACCACAAUACUUGUGAUGUUUCAAAUCUUAAUGAAGGUUUUUGUCAAACUUCUGAAAGUAUUACGGCUGUGGAUAUGGAUUCUGCCAAUGCUGGACCAGAGAAUGUUGCUGUUAAUGUUCCCUAUGAAAAUGAGAUUGUUAAAGGUUCUGCGGAUACACAUCUCUCAGUUAGUUUGGUUGCUAGUCUUGCUUCACCAAACUUGGAAAAAGCAUUGGUUCAAAAAGUUUCUGGAAAUGAAGAAUUAUCCAAUGAUUCCCCUGCAUACUGUUCUACUGAUUUUGCAAAUUCAUUGGAGAAUAGAACUUCAUCUGAGUUAGGUUUGUUCAAUCACAAUAGUAAGCUGUCAAUCUUUGAUGGUGAGGCAACCUCAUCUGGGAAUGCUUCUGGUGAAAGAUCUCCAGCAUCAAAUAUCAGUAAUUCACCAGUAGUUGGGGAAAAGAGGAAAGUUACCGAUGGUCAACUGGAUACGCAUGUUAUGAAGGCAAGUAAACUAGCUGGGCCCAUAGUUAGUUUUGUGGAUGCUCGAGAUGGAAGCUCAAUACCUCAGACAGAUAAUCUUGUUUCUUUCGGAACCGAAAUCGUUCGCAACAAUAGGGAGAAUCUUCCGGACAAAUUAUUUUUCGAAGGAGGGCUUUCCAUAUCUAAUAAUCUGGUUAAAGGAAGUGAAACUCAUGUGGUUUCUGAAUUUGAUUCGCUCUUGGCUAGUACAUCCAACCAGUAUGCUGAACCUUCUUUGAAUAUCGGAGAAGGUAGAACUCAAACAACAGAUGGAAUUGUUGAUUCUUGCGGAGAUCAGACCAUUCUUCUUGGUACAUCUCAGUCAUCAGCCCUCCUUUCCCGCGAGAUUAGCAUUGUUGAGGGUUCACAUUAUAGUGACACGAGUAGGUGCGGCUUAAAACUUGACCAUGAAACUUCCUAUCAACUAAAUGAGGAAGCUGAUGUAAAGGAUAAGACUUCUGUUGUUUCUUCCUCUUCUGAUCUUGAAUUGAUAAAUAGUUUGCUUGCUGAAGGUUGUCAAAGAAAUUUUGGGCCUGAUUCUGAGAAGCAAUUUACUGGAGAUACUGAGAGUAGGGAUUCUUUGCUUCUUGUUGGAAGUUCGGCUGCUUCAACUGACACACCCUCAUGUGCUACCAGUUCCACUGAUAGACAGGUUGAUUUUCUUCCUGAUACAUUUCCCAAUAUGGGUUCUCCCGAAGAUGUAUCGAAUUUCGGCCCAGACAUGGUUGAUAACUUGUUGAGUAGGAACCAAGAGUCCCAUAGUUAUAAAGGGAAUGACAAUAUUUACACUAAUUCUACAGUUGUGGAGGAUGCAACAUCUUUAUCUGUGAAACAAUUUGGAGAUAGUCCUAAAGUUGGUACAAAACCAGGUGAUGAAGUUUCCCCAGAUCCAGUUUCUGAAAGCAAGGCUAACUCAUCCUUAAAUUUGGAACCCCAAAAUGCAAACCGGAACUCAUAUUCCUCUUUGAAAAAAUCAAAUGUGAUCCAUAAUAGUUUGAAUCCUUCUAAUAUUAAGGCUGUUCCGGGUCAAAUGUCUACCAAGUACUCCUCGACACUGAAAGUGGCUCCUUUGAGCCAUGUUGGUAAACCACGGACAUGGCAUCGACAUCUUAAUGCCUCAUCUUCUGUUUUGGAGUUCAAGUCACAGAAAAACUAUGUUCAUUCGCAGAUCAACUCCAAAAAAGAUGUCAGUAUGGUUCAAAAUUCUUAUGUUCGGCGGGGUAAUAGUCUUGUAAGGAAAUCGCCUCAAGUUGGUACAGUUCCCCACGUAUUUCCUCCUCGACCUUCUGUUUACCACUUAAAUUCUGCUAGUAAUAAUGGGAAGAAGGACGGAGGAUUGGAUAUUGAUAUGGUUAAACUACCAACAUCUGCACCCUUGGGUGGUCCAAAUAUCUGUUCUGAGAGACUCAACCCUGCCCCUGUAAUUGGUGCCAUAAAGUCAUCGAGCUGCCCAAGUUCCAAGCCAGUAGAUUUAGCUAUUUUGUCGUUGCCAGCUCCAAAAAAUGGUUCUCCUGGUGAAUCAAGUGAUCUUAUCAAAUCUGCACAGAACAUGGAUGCCAAGUGGUCUUCAGAGGAGGAUAAAAAAUCUUCUGAAGCUGAUGGAUGUGAAACUAGUAGUAGCAACUACUUGGAUUGCCAGAGUGCUGGAGAUGAUGGAAAAUCUGGAAAGAAGAUGCUAUAUUUAAAGAUAAAGUCAAACCAGUUGGUUGCAGCUUCCAGUACGAAAGAUGUUCCUCGCGUGGGUGCAGAGUCGUCCCAAGCAUUAUCAUCUGAUGGUUAUUUUAAGCGUAGGAAAAACCAACUUAUCAGGACAUCUCCCAAUGAAAAUGUUGAACAAAAGGCUGUUAUUUGUGAUAAGAGCUUGAGCUCACAGCAGCAGGGUUCUCCGAACAGUUUUGAAGUCAGAGGCUCAUGUAUUAGACAGUCUGUUGCAGGUUCUACAAAGAGAAAGUUUUCAUUAGUGUGGACUCUAAAUGGUACUCUGUCAUCAAAAAAGGAUGCUAGUUUUGGAAGAUGGAAUCAAGUGCGCCCAUAUUUGUUUCCAUGGAAAAGAUCUUCUACCUGGAUGAAUUGCAUGAACUUCUCAAGUUCUUUUUCAAAUGACAGUCUUGCAAUUUGCCAGAAACUGCGGCUUUUACGAAAGAGGGAAGCAAUCUAUAAAAGAUCAGUUAGUGGAUUUUCAUUACGCCGAUCCAAGGUACUUGGUGUUGGUGGCCGCAACUUGAAGUGGUCGAAAUCCAUUGAGAAGGACUCAAGAAAAGCAAAUACGGAAGCUACUCUAGCUGUUGCUGCUGCAGAACAGCGGAAGAAAGCCCAAAAUCUGGCUCCUUUUACUCUUUUUAAGAGUAGAAAUCAUGUUUCUCGAGAUCGCAUAUUCCGAAUUGGUUCAGAAAGAUACAAAAUGGAUCCAACGAGGAGAACAUUACAGAGGAUAUCAGAUGAACCAAAUUCCUUCCCUGGUGAUCAAUCUGAAAAGAAGAAAAGGAAAUUUUAUGUUCCUAGAAGAUUGCUGAUUGGGAAUGAUGAAUAUGUUCAAAUUGGCAAUGGGAAUCAAUUGGUCAGAGAUCCAAAAAGAAGAACCCGUAUAUUGGCAAGUGAGAAAGUUCGUUGGAGCUUGCACACUGCCAGGUUACGGCUGGCUAGAAAGAAGCAGUAUUGUCAGUUCUUUACACGGUUUGGCAAAUGUAAACAGGACGAUAAGAAAUGUCCUUACAUUCACGACCCUUCUAAAAUUGCUGUCUGCACUAAAUUUUUGAAUGGCUGUUGCACUGAUCCUAGUUGCAAAUUGACUCAUAAGGUAUAUUCAAAUUUCCUUUUGGAGAUAUGUCCUUAUUUAACUUUCUAUUUGCUGUUUCCACUGGCAUAUUAUAUUGAUUAUGUGUGUAGGUCAUUCCUGAAAGGAUGCAAGAUUGUUCUUAUUUUCUGCAAGGUGCGUGGUUUUAUUUUCCUGAGUUGACAAAACAGUGUUGCAAAGCUCUAACUCAUUUUCUCGACAGGGUUGUGCUCUAAUGGAAAUUGCCCUUAUAGACAUGUUAAUGUGAACCCGAAGUCCUCUGUUUGUGAUGGUUUUCUAAGGGGAUAUUGUGCUGAUGGCGAUGAGGUAUUUCGGCUAUGGUUCUCAACCUUGUUAACUUGCUAGUGAAGCUUCUGUUUUGAACUUGUUUUCUUAUGAUUAUUUUCUGCAUGCUACAAAUUGCACAGUUCGGCCUCGCUUCUUUUACAGGCCUAACCGAUUGGGGAUAAAAAUUUCAUUGUUUUUCUCAUGCUGCCGCUUUGAUCACUUUUUUCUUUAUUGUUUUUUGGGAGAAUCUUCUGGUUCCUUACGUUAUAACCUUUUUGUUUUCCGUUCUUGUUAAACCAUAUUUUGUUGUUAUCACUAACAUUAGACAUAUGGAUGAUAAAUCGACAAGAUUUUCAUCUCUCUCACUGUCACACAUACACAUAAGCAUUCAUAUUACACUCGUGACAUGCAUCUGCACAAAGAACACACAAUAGGCAAGCGGCUAGCCCACUGACCUUCAACAUUGGGAAAUGGAUUAUAAAUUCCUUUUUGCAGUGCCGGAAGAAGCACACCUAUGUCUGCCCUGUGUUUGAAGCCACUGGCAGUUGUCCACAAGUUCCUAAAUGCAAGCUUCAUCACCCCAUAAAGAGAAAGAAGGGAAUGAAAAAGAAACCGUCAGACCUGCAGAAGAAUGCUCGAGGACGCUACUUUGGAUCUGCACAUGUUGAUGUUGCUGACUACAGAACAAUGGUUUGUGUGGUUACUGGAAAUGACAAUGACAGCAUUUUGAAUGAGGGAACAUUUGGCGAUUACAUUAGUUUAGAUUUUAGGAUUGAAGAAAUGGAACCAGCUUUUGAGCCAAGAAGCGAGCCAGUUAGUGAUGGUGAAGGAGCUUCAGAUGUGGAAAUGGCUGAAGUUGAGGAACUGAUGAAACCUCUCCGUAUCAUGAAUACAAACUUCAGUGUCGAUUCAUCCGGAAAAGUUGAUAGUUCUUGUGAGAUGUCCUUAGGAUAGAAGAAUCAGUCUCAUUUUUUGGUAGAAGAUGAGUUUAGGGACACCUUUUCUGCUAUUGCAGAAUGGUGUGAUUAGGGCUUUCUUCUUCUUCUUCUUCUUCUUCUUCUUCUUCUUCUUCUUCUUCUUCUUCAUUUUCUCCCAGUAAAUUGUACUGAUGUAUAGAUGUAUACUAAAUGUAGGAUUAUGUAUAUGUUGUAUGUUAGCGAAACUAUAUAGAAACAAAUCCAGCAAUGAAAUAUCUUUUCAUUCCUUUACUUAGCAUAUCACUCUUUGAUCAAACUCAAU